GGGCGAAGACGCGGCUGGGCUUGGCAGUCGCCCUAAAGAUAGGGAGGCUGAGGAAAGGGGCUGGGCUUUUGGCAGGAGCCCGUGCCGAGCAGGGUUGGGCUGCUGCUGCAGGGAGGGCGCAGGUCCUCCUUCCCACACUCCGGCAGGCUAUCUGUGACAGCCCCCUCCCCCAAGCCUCUCCUUUCCUGGGGUCUUGGUGCCCAGUGUAGAGAGAGGAGCCUGAAUGAUGCCCAGGGGCCGGGCCUGGACCCAGCAGGAGAUCAGCUGCCUCCUGACCCUGAUCCAGGACUCUGGGGAGGUCACGCUGCUCAUGGCCUCCACUUCAAGGCCCAAUGAGGCCUUGUGGAAAUCCAUCUCCCAAGGGCUGGGGGCAUCCGGCUAUGGUCGAAGCGUGGCUCAGUGUCGAUCCAAGUGGAAGGCGCUGAAGCAAGCCUUCUACUCAGAGUGGGAGACCAGCCGCCAGGCAGGAGGCCCCUCCCCUCAGCCCCCACCCCACUACCGCACCAUGAAGAGACUGUGGAAGGCUGCAGGAAGGCCAGUUUUUGGAGAGCGUCGCCUGCCAGGCUCUGACACGAACCUUGAAACAGGACCGCAGCCUUGCGCCAAGAAAGAAUCCACCUCUCCUGAGGAGAAGCAGGCCAGCCCUGCCCCCUCCCAGAUUCCAGAAGAGCCUCCAGCCUUGGUACCAGAGAUUCCAGUCAGACCAGAUCUGGUCCCUCAAGGAGUCAGAGAAGAGCCCACCCAUGUGUCAGGACUGCAAGGCCCUGGGGUGGUGAGCCUCCUCCAGAACAUGCAGGAGCUUCUGGUGCAGAUCUUGCGAACAUCGAGGCAGCAGCAGGCGCUGCUGGAAAGCUUGGCCCAAGACACUGUCUCCCACCUGCACCUGCUGUCUGAUGGCCUGGGCCAGAUGGGCCAGACCUUGCAGGCCCUGCUGAUGUACAGCCCCAGCUGGCAGAGUCCUUGGUCCCUGCUCACGCCCACACCCACUCCCACUCGACCUUACCCCCCUGCCCUGAGCCUGCACUCUUCCCAUUCCCCCUCUAUUACUGUUGCCCCUGCGAGCCCCUGCCUAAAGGAGGAGACCAUCCUACCCCCACCCAGGUUUGCACCAUUAUGAAUCUGGACCCACUUCCCCCAAGCUGUCAAGAGCUCAAGCCAAUAAGACAGCUUUCUCUCACCUCCUUUCUCUUGCUGGUGAAUACAGAGCCCCAAGUUCUCUGCCCCAAGUAGUCUGUUCCCCAGACUCAAGACUUUUAUGUAAAUGUCCUCAUAUUUUAGAAAAUAUUUAAUUUAAAAGAGAAACAUGCAUCCUUUUUUUACAGUGAGAGAUUAUUUGAUU